AGAAGAGGGCCAUGCCCCAUCGUUGGCUGAGAAUCACUCUCUCUUUCCAGCUUCGUCAAAAACUGAAGUUCCACAUGCUGAUCACAGUGCGCAAGAUUUCAGACGCUAAAACCCAUGUUCAGAAUUCAGAGUUUCAGACCAAGAAGACACCGUGCCUCCACCACUGCACUGAAUCUGAAGCCACCCCCAUUAGGCCAGGCCCAUUCGCCGCGCGCAUCCAAUUCAUCCGCCGCACAAGUCCACAGCCGAGCUUAAUUUAAACUAGUCCUCAAGAACACCGCACAUCCCCACCACCACCACGGCACUCACCUAUAAAUACUGGGCCUCCUCUGCUCCUACACGCCGCCAACCAAGCAAGCGACCAACAAGAACGCGAGCAGCCAGCGCAGUGAUCACAAGGGCCGGCAGGCAGCAGCUCAGCUCUAGUAUGCCACUGCCCAUGGCGGCCCCCGCGAUGGCUCCAGCGGCGCCCUCCUUCCCCAGGCUGAGGAUGCCGCCGCCGCCCGCGAUCAUCACGCUCCCGGACGCCGCGGUCCCGGUGCCGCCGCCGCCGCUCUCGGUCGUGGGCAGGCAGAGCGUCGCGGCCAAGAGCAAGGCCGUCGUGGUGCUGGGCGCCACGGGGACCGGCAAGUCGCGCCUCGCCAUCGACCUCGCCCUGCGCUUCGGCGGCGAGGUCAUCAACUCCGAUAAAAUGCAGCUGUACGCCGGCCUGGACGUGGCCACCAACAAGGUGGCGCCCCACGAGUGCGCGGGGGUGCCGCACCACCUGCUCGGCGUCGCGCUCCCGGACGCCGAGUUCACGGCCGCGGACUUCCGCCGCGAGGCCGCGCGCGCCGCGGCCGGGGUCGCCGCGCGGGGUCGCGUCCCCAUCAUCGCGGGAGGGUCCAACUCGUACGUCGAGGAGCUCGUGGAGGGCGACCGCCGCGCGUUCCGGGAGCGCUUCGACUGCUGCUUCCUCUGGGUGGACGCGCAGCUCCCCGUGCUGCACGACUUCGUCGCCCGCCGCGUCGACGAGAUGUGCCGGCGGGGGCUCGUCGAGGAGGUGGCAGCGGCGUUCGACCCCCGCCGCACCGAUUACUCCAGGGGCAUCUGGCGCGCCAUCGGCGUGCCGGAGCUCGACGCCUACCUCCGCUCGCGCGGCCUCGAGCACGUCGACGACGACGAGCGCGCGCGCAUGCUCGCCGCGGCCGUCGACGAGAUCAAGGCCAACACGUCCCGCCUCGCCUUCCGCCAGCGCGGCAAGAUCCAGCGGCUCGCGCGCAUGUGGCGCGUCCGCCGCGUCGACGCCACGGAGGUGUUCCUGAAGCGCGGCCACGCCGCCGACGAGGCCUGGCAGCGGCUCGUCGCCGCGCCAUGCAUCGACGCCGUCCGGUCCUUCCUGCUUGAAGACCAAGAAUACAGUAGCAUGGUCACCGCCGCCAAAGCCUCCAUCUUUGCCUCCACGGCCGCCGCCGUCGCAGCCGCGGUUGCCUAACACAUGGAACGCUGCCGGGCCGGAGCACACGACCAUCUUGAUGCCAUUGGCGUCGUCGCAGAUCGAGCUCAUCAGCUCAGGAAAGGUAGCAAGACCGGAAUGGCUGCAUGCUCUGCUGCGGUCAAGUUCGCGGUGACCGGGCAGAGUAGCCGCCUGUUCAUACUUCAUAUAUAGUUGACCGACCCUGUUCCGGGGGGGGGGGGGGGGGAGUAAUUGUUUUCUCCCCCAUUUUCUCUGUAAUUUUGUACGGCGAUGAUCGGUUGAGUGCGAGAGCGAGUUUUGAUCAUGUUCCAAGAAUGUGUAGUAGACGGCGGCACUGAUGGUGUAACAGGAGGCUCUUGCUGUAAAAAUAGAGAGAGAUCUUGGUACGUAAAAGCUUCAUGAGCAGAAAUGAUUUCUUAUGAGAUGAGAUGAGAUGUGAA